GUAUAUCUAGACUAUGUAUGCAUCUUUCAUUGCACAUUAGUUAAUUUCCUCCCAGGUCUAUCAUCAUGGUCAUGGAGCUUCACAACCACACCCCUUUCUCUAUUUACUUCAUUACCUCCAUUCUCUUUAUUUUCUUCGUGUUCUUCAAAUUAGUUCAAAGAUCGGAUUCCAAAACCUCCUCUACCUGCAAAUUGCCCCCAGGACCAAGGACACUACCUCUCAUAGGGAACAUACACCAGAUUGUUGGCUCACUGCCGGUUCAUCACUACUUCAAAAAUUUGGCAGAUAAGUAUGGUCCAUUAAUGCAUCUAAAACUAGGAGAGGUGUCCAACAUCAUAGUCACUUCCCCAGAAAUGGCCCAAGAGAUUAUGAAGACACAUGAUCUCAACUUCUCUGAUAGGCCAGACCUUGUAUCGUCUAGAAUAGUUUCUUACAACGGUUCUACCAUUGUCUUCAGUCAACAUGGAGACUAUUGGAGGCAACUAAGAAAGAUAUGCACAGUAGAGUUACUAACAGCAAAGCGCGUGCAGUCUUUUCGGUCCAUAAGAGAAGAGGAGGUGGCAGAACUAGUUAAAAAAAUAGCUGCAACUGCAAGUGAAGAAGGGGGGUCCAUUUUUAAUCUCACCCAGAGCAUUUACUCAAUGACUUUUGGGAUAGCGGCACGAGCGGCUUUUGGUAAAAAGAGCAGAUACCAACAAGUGUUCAUAUCAAACAUGCAUAAACAAUUGAUGCUUCUGGGAGGGUUUUCUAUUGCUGAUCUCUAUCCUUCUAGUAGAGUGUUUCAAAUGAUGGGGGCGACGGGGAAACUUGAAAAACUGCAUAGAGUGACAGAUAGGGUGUUGCAAGACAUCAUCGACGAGCACAAAAAUAGAAACAGAAGCAGCGAGGAGCGUGAAGCAGUGGAAGAUCUAGUUGAUGUUCUUCUCAAGUUUCAAAAGGAAUCGGAAUUUCGCUUGACUGAUGACAACAUUAAAGCCGUCAUCCAGGACAUAUUCAUUGGUGGAGGCGAAACAUCAUCUUCUGUUGUGGAAUGGGGGAUGUCAGAAUUGAUAAGAAACCCGAGGGUGAUGGAAGAAGCACAAGCAGAGGUGAGAAGAGUGUAUGAUAGCAAGGGAUAUGUGGAUGAGACAGAAUUGCACCAAUUGAUAUACUUAAAGUCCAUCAUCAAAGAAACCAUGAGGUUACAUCCACCUGUGCCAUUGUUAGUUCCUAGAGUAAGUAGAGAAAGGUGCCAAAUCAAUGGAUAUGAGAUACCCUCUAAGACUAGGAUCAUUAUCAAUGCUUGGGCAAUUGGAAGGAAUCCUAAGUAUUGGGGUGAAACUGAGAGUUUUAAACCUGAGAGGUUUCUUAAUAGCUCCAUUGAUUUUAGGGGCACAGACUUUGAAUUUAUCCCAUUUGGUGCUGGAAGGAGGAUCUGCCCCGGCAUUACAUUUGCCAUACCCAACAUUGAGUUGCCACUUGCUCAGUUACUUUACCACUUUGAUUGGAAGCUUCCCAAUAAAAUGAAGAAUGAAGAACUUGACAUGACGGAGUCAAAUGGAAUUACUUUACGAAGACAAAAUGACCUCUGCUUGAUUCCCAUUACUCGUCUAGCUUAAAAUGUAUGAACAAUUAAUGUCAUAAACUAUUUAAGUUUUAUCUUUUACUACUUUCAGCAUUUUGUAAUUGGACAAUGUCUAUAACUAAAUUUACACUACUAAAAUAAUGGUAUUCUACGAAGCGCAUUCAA